AUGUUGAGGCCUACCUUUAUUCUGUGGGAUGUUGGAUAUCCUCUUUACAUUUAUGGCUGCAUCAUCAUUAUUGCAUUAAUUAUUUGGCAAGUGAGAAAGAAUCACCAAGAUUUAAGAUUGGGACCUAACAGGAGCUGCUGCUGGCGUCACUGGAGCGUCAAACAAAGGGCUAAAGAUAAAACAUCAAGAGCUAGGAGACUUUCCCGGGAAGAAGCUGAGAAGCCAUGGGAGCUGCUGUCUGUCAUGAGAAGGCAGGACUGGCUUCCUCAGGAGGGGAGCGUGCGGCAGAUCCUGUGUGCAGAUCCCUGCUGCCAAACCUGCAACACUGUGGCUCUGGAGAUUCAGCAGGCGGUGGUUCUCUUCAAGGAACUCUCCUUCCUCCCUCUGCCGCCUAAAACUCCACCCCAGUCAGCUCCACCCUCUUUUCUGUCUUCUCAGAAUUGGGUUGCUCCAUCUGACCACCAACAAGCUCAGAUCAGUGUCCCAUUUCUGACCCUGGAUGAGUGUGAAGCCUUGGAGUGGUACCUGCUGCAGAGGCAGCUCCAGCUUCAGUGGGACUGGCCACAUGUUUCCCAGAGAGAUCAACACACCCAGAGCCCUGUGCAGUAUAAGCCCUGUGACAAAGCCCAGUCUUUUGAGACUGUGAAAACUUCCUGGCCAGGGCAUCCCAUCUCAGUCCUCACAAGAGAGCCAUUCUUCCCGCAGCAGCAUGCCAGGAGGCAGCUGGAAUUCCACCUCCAGAGACAGUUGAUUCACCACCGCUGGGGCCUGCCGCAGAAGAUCCAACAGUCCAUUCAAUUGUUCCUGUCCCCCACUAACCAGCAGACUAUGUCCCGGAGCAGCACAUCCCUAGACAGUGUGAAUGGUCCCCGGCCUACAUCUCUAGAGGCCACUGGGGCUGAUGACCCAUUCUCACCCAUUGUGGACCCAGUGACAGUCCCCAUGCCACACUUGUUUGACCAGACCAAGGCAAUAUUGCAGAGCCAUAUCGACUCCAAAUGUGGGCAGAUUCACCAGGGCAACAUCCCUGCCUGUGUAUAUAGCUCUUGGGAGUGCAUAAUUCCUGGGGGCCUGGAAGUGGCUCCCUUCACCUGCAUCCCAGAAAACAAGCCCCUGGAACUACAGGCAGCAAGUGACUCGGACCUACAACAGAAAAUUACACCCUGGAUGCCAGCGGCCCUUGAUCAGCAGCAACAAACCUCACCAGACGCUGUCAUUGAACGUCCUAAGCUGCUCCAAGCCCUGUCCGAGGGAGCCAUUGAGAAACUGGAGACAACUUUACAGCACAAGUGUCUGGCCUUCUUGUUAGGGCUGCCGGCUCUUCAUUAUGUGGCUCUCUCUAGGGUCGUGGCCCCAGCAGUCACUUCCCAAGCUAUGAUCACAGAGAUGGUACCUAGGCCUAUCAAAUUCCCAACAGAACCUCUGACUCAGAUGACCUCACCUGAAGAGCAGGGUCUAAGUCCUGGGUCAGGCUUUCAAGAUGCCAACAAGGCUUGUGCAGACAUUGCAGAUGAAUUCCAGGCUGAAGUGCAGGUGGAAGAAGUAAUUGAGAUGGUGCCUCUAGAAAGUCAGACAGAGCCUGCGAGGCCCUCCUCACUUGGAGAACACAUCUUGGCCAAACUAAAUUUCCAUCUGAGAAAGAAGAGGCUAGAGAUACAACUGGGAAUUCCCAUAAAGGCAAGGAAGUCCAGGAAACAACUUGUAGCAACCUCAGAGAACAUAUGCACACAGGAGUCUCUACAGGAGUCUCUUGGGAGUCUAAACAACCAAGGAAACACACUGCUCCAGGAACUCCCCAUCCCAUGAGAUAUGCCACGUGCCCCAGAUCCAGAAUGCCUCUAUCUCAAAGAACAGCUGGCCACUGAGUUGAAGGCAGUGUAUCAGAAACAGAAGCAACCCAGUUCCAGUGCAGUAUCCCAUGGUUCUGUCCACUGGGCCUCCAAUAUCUCGCAACCCAGUGGGGACCCGACAGAGGCCCAGGUGCUUUGUCGUCAGCUGGAGGCCAGUGUGAACAACCGCAGCCUGAAGGAGCCCUGGAGCCCUGAGCCCCAAAGCCCUGACAAGAGCAAGGACUUAGCCCAAGUACCCACACUGGCAGAAAAGAGAGAGGAACCAGGCAAACCCAAAUCGGCCGGGGACCACAGAGAAGGGGAUGCCGGGUUUGCAGUCUCCUCCACAAGAAAGAAAAGCCACUUUGCUGAAACCGAGAGGCCAGAAGGGAUGCUUCUGAAUGGGACACCCUGCAGCCCCUGGCGACGGAGACAUCGCUUUCACCCUGGUGCUCCCUGUCAACACAGUCCCCAGCAUCGCCCUCAGCUUAAACUCCCAGAGCUACCUCCUGGAGUCCCUGGGGGGAAAGACUCUGAGAAGAAUGACCUGCAAGACAGUCAAGCCAAGCUCAAUGUCAUCCUCAAACCAGCAAGGGUUCCUGAGAAUGCCCAGCCUGUGGUGCCUCAGGUGUCACAGGGCCAGCCUUUCCUGGGCCAACUCACUCCGGGUAAGCCGUUGCAGGGCCAAACUUUACAAGGUCAGGUUUUUCAGGGGCAGGUGAUGCAAGGCCGUACUCAAAAGAGGCCCAGCUUUUCAGAAUCUGGCUGGAGAAAUAAGAUGAAAUCUUUUCUGCACUUUAUUAACCCCAAGACAAAAGGCAAAGGGCAUGAGGAGUCCAUGUCCUCCACAUCUGAGAAAGUGGCCAAUACCAGAAAAGAAAAUGUGGAAAAGAGCCUGGCUUCAGCCAGAAGUCCCAAAGGGCAAACUAAGAUGGAGAAGACAAGAGGGGACCCUAAGGCCCAGUUUCUGCCCACUGAGAAGCAGGUGGGCUUGGCGUUCUUGGAUGUGCCCCACUCCCCAGACAGUAAGCUCUGGCACCGCCCCUGCUCCCAUCAACUCCACUCUGCCUCAGUCCUGGGCAUCCCCUGCCGCUGCCCUCGGCACCACUGUCCUCGAGUGGCUUGUGUCACCCAACCAGGGAACCCACCCUAAUUCCCAACUCUCACCUCGGAGGGAAGCACUGGUCUGCUCAAGAAGACCCAGCUCAGUCAAGAGACUUUGUAGUCUAUCCAACGUCAGCAUUCCUUGAAGAGGACUGCUACUGUCAUUUUCAUUGAUGUGCAGGUGGACAGAGGUGCCACCCAAAAUACACUGUAUAUCUCUAAGCAGAGAGGUGUCUGUCUGCUCCUUCUCUCCACUGCGGUGUGUUCAGGGAAGGCAUAAGGGAGGUAAAUGUCCUUCCUAUCUGGGGAAGGGGCUUUAACCCACACUUAAGCUGGGUAGCAUUCCACCCCACCCCCACCCUGGACUACGGGUAAAGGGACUUGAACAGAGAAGGAAGGCCCUUGUCUAAGGUACAUUGAAGGUAGAGGUCAGGCUUGAAUUUUAUCAUGGUGUCCUUCGGCCCAGUGGAGCAAUGUGGACAUGAGGCUAGAACUGUCAAGGAGGAGUGGCCAGGAAUCUCACAGGCAAAAUUCACUGAUGACUUCUAUAUGUGCCCACACUCUGGAAGGGAGGUUUUUAGGAGAGUGCCAGUGUUCCAGCCUUGAGCAGGUGCUAUGUGUUUAUCAACAGCAUAUAGGUAAUAUGACAACAGUCAAAAGCAAAUGAUAGAGUCUCCCCUCUCUGCUCCCUGUUGGUUAUUGGUUAGAUAUUUCUGGAGAACUCACUUGGGAGGCUGCUGUAGCCCUCUUGCCUCUAUCCCACCUCCACUGUCUUAUCAGCUGCAUGGACUGAAUGACACUGGGAAUGAAGAUCCCAGUAGAACAUGGAGAGGGGCUGGUCCCCACUCCCAAGGGUAGGCAGGGAGAGAAGCAGGGAGGGAGAGCAUGUAGAUGGAGGUCUGAAUAUCUGGGGUAGAAGUUGACAUGUUCCUGAAGAGGGCAUGAUAAGAGAAAAGGCUAGUUAGCUGUGCACUCUAAAGAGCCUUGAGCCAGGAAGCCAACCCAAUACCCAAGUGCUUUUAGGGGAUGGAGAUGAAUAAACUGAGUUUUGGUUUGUUGUCCAUAGUGUGAUGAAGAGCAGUGAGUUGAGCCUUGUUUUCAAAGGCAAUGCAUAUUAAUUUACAAUUUCUGAAUACUCACCCUCAACCCCACAAAACUGUUUUCCAGUGUCAGGGAUUGGUAUAACUAUAAAUCUGUGUUUUUGCUCAGCUCAAACAUGAAGUCAAUGACUGUGUUCUAAUCUUGAUAUAUCUCAACUUUGCCCCCUUUUUUCUGUGUUUACUGCCUCUGCUUGUUAGAUUAUACUCAUCCAUUCUUGCCUAAAUAAUACAAUAGUGUCUCAUAUCCCCAGGGCUUAGGAUAGUGGUGGCAUAAUAAUACCUUAAUAGUACUUGAAUUGAAAGUCUGGGCUUAGGAGGCAGACAAAUCAUUACAUUAGUGUGAUGAGUGCUAUGGAAUAGGGAAUGCUGACACACGAUUACUGGGUACUCAGCUCAUGAGGACCUCAGGUCACAAUAAAAACAACCUUGAUUAUGCUGUACACCUUAAACUUAUACAGUGCUGUAUGUCAAUUAUAUUUCAAAACUGGACAAAAAAGAAUUUAAAAAAUCAUUUUGAGAAAUAUCUUAACACUCAGUUAAAAUAUUUACUUACUAUAUGCAAGGGGCCAUAGCUAACGUGACAAAGACACAGGACUUGCACAAUGGAGCUCAUGAUUGCAUGGGAUAGUCUCACAUGCCCAAAUUGUCUAAUCAACACAUAUACUUGAAUGUCCAAUAUUCACCUCAAACUAUAGAACAAAGAACUCCUGAUUCCCUGCUCCAAGCCAUCAUCUAAUGACACAUAUGAAACAUUCUCCAAUCACAGUAUUCACAACAUCACUUAAUGGCAGCUCCAUCUUUCUAGCUGUUCAGGACAAAAACAUUGGUGUCAUUCUUGACAUUGUUUCCCUAACUGUCCAUAUCCAGUCCAUCCUGUUGUCUCUACCUUCUGAAAUGAAUUCAGAACAUGACGACGUCUCUCACUCACUCUGCUGCUAUGAUUACUGCAGUAGCAUCAUAACUAAUCUCCCAGCUUCUGCCUGAGACCAUACUUCCAACAGUCUAUUCUCAGCACAGAAAUUUGAUGGUCCUCAGGGAAGGUCCUGGCUGUAGAAGACUA